GUCGUUUAUCAACAUUCCCAUCAAUCAAUAAUGUUAUCAAAACGAAAAAAUACAUCGGUCGGUUUAACUUUUCGUGUCGUACCUACCUGCUGUCGCAUCGUCGUCGUGUAAUUUUUUUUAAAGUUUGAAAAUACAAAAUGGAAAAUACAAAUCCUGAUUCCAGUAAAUGUGAACCAGUAUUAUACAAAAACUCAUCUUUUUUAGAUUUUUAUGAAAGUUUGCAAUCCUUACGCAAUGGUGAAAUGUUUUGUGAUAUUAAACUGAAAACUGACGAUCACAAAAUAGUAACUGCACAUAAAGUGGUUUUAUCAGCAGCUAGUCCGUAUUUCCAUGCUAUGUUCACAAAUUUUGCAGAAAGGAAUCAUGACCUCGUAUUAAUGAAACAGUUUGACUCAACCGCUUUACAGCAGUUAGUAAACUUUAUAUAUUCAGGAAAAAUCUUGAUCACUGAAGAAAACGUCCGGGUAUUAUUACCGGCUGCAGAUCUCUUGCUGUUUCACGGAGUAAAAGAGGCUUGUUGUGAUUUUUUACAGUCACAGCUCUGUCCUACAAAUUGUAUUGGUAUUAACUCUUUCGCUGAUGUUCAUAGCUGUACGAAUUUGAUAACAAGUUCAGAAGUAUAUAUUCAUCAAUACUUUUUACAAGUUUUUGGUUGUGACGAAUUCCUAUCCUUAUCAUCAGAACAAGUAAUUAAGUUGAUAUCCAGUGAUAGACUUCCAGUAUCAGCUGAAGAAAUAGUAGGCAAACUAAAAUUGAUUAUUGUUAUAUUUUAUUAUUUACGAAGAAAUAAUAAAGUAUUUGAAAGUGUUAUUAGAUGGAUAAACUAUGAAUUGGAUUCAAGACAUUAUAUUUUACCUCAAUUAUUGGAACAUGUACGUUUUCCAUUAAUGUCGAAGGCUUACUUAUUUACAAAUGUAUUUGAGGAACCUCUUAUUCAGAGAUAUUCUAAAUGUCGUGAGUCAAUACAUAGAGGCAUAAUGCUUAGGGCAUUACAAUUUGAAUCAGAAUUGUUAAUUCCACAAAGCAUUCAGUAUAAACCCAGACAUGGAGAACAAGUUAUAAUAGCUGUUGGUGGAAUUGGGUCUGGAUUAAGUAAUAGUUUAGAAUGGUUCGAUACACGAACAAACCUAUGGCAUUUUGGACCAGAAUUGAUUACAAACCAUAGAAGACAUAGUCUAGCCGUAAUUAACAAUAAUGUUGUAUUUGAUGUGGGUGGCUUUGCUUAUGGUUUAUCACCUUAUCGGUGUGUUCAUAUGCUAGAUUUCUCUUCAAAAUCCCUUUGUUGGCAACGAUGUGACGACAUGUUAGUCGAGCGACAAUUGUUAGGAGUAGGUGUAAUUAAUAAUAAUAUCUAUGCCGUAGGAGGAUACAAUGAUAGAGAUGGUGAUUUAAAAAGUGCAGAAGUUUUUGACUUCCGUACUCAAAGGUGGCAUAUGAUAUCAAAUAUGUCUUCUACAAGAUCUUCAUUUGCGGUUGGAGUUCUGGAUGAUUUUUUAUACGUGGUAGGAGGUUAUGAUCAAUCAAGACGGGCUUUAGCCUCUGUUUUAUAUUAUACUCCCAGUUAUGAUCUGUGGAGACCAGCCAGGAACAUGUGUGUUCGUCGCAGUGGUGCUGGUGUAGGAGUUUUAUAUGGUGAAAUAUAUGCUGUAGGCGGUGAUAAUGGAUUUAACAUAUUGAAAAGUGUGGAAAAACUCACACCAGGUACAGAAGUAUGGACAACUAUAGCAGACAUACUUGUGCCUCGAAAAUAUGCAGAAGUAGUCGCAUUAGAUGGUUUAUUGUAUGUCGUCGGUGGAAUAAAUGAAACUUCUGUUUUGGAUUCUGUAGAAUGUUACAACCCACACACUAAUACCUGGACCAUGGUCACAGCGAAAUGGAACAUUAUGCGGUUUUCACCUGGAGUAGUAGCCAUUAAUAGGCCACGACAUUUUACAACUAAUGAGCAUUUAUGAUUUUUUUUGUAUACAAUAUAUACAUGUUUUCAUAUAUUGCAUUAUAGUAUCUCACACUAUAUAUAGCAUAAUAUUCAAUACAAACAUUUUUUUUAUAUACAAUUUUACCUAUUUUCUAUGAUAAUAAAUUUAUUGUAUUUUUUUUAAA